UUUGUUUAGAUGAUAAAAAAAAUGUGAGUUCUUGGGAAGUGUUCUAACUUCCAUCAGUUGGAGGUGACCAUUUCACCCUAUCAAGACCAAGUGAAGCCUUUGUAUGUGGAAGAUAAGAAAAGGCAAAAUGAACCCUCAGGAAGAAAAUCCCAGAGAGUUUUUGGGUGCUCACCAUCAUAUGGCUAUGCUGUACCAUCCAUUGAGUUUAGAAAUGCCAAUGUGGCCAGCUUAUAGAUAUCCUGUUCGUGAAAUUGCAAGAGAAGCAGCCAGCAGAUUCCGGACAACUUUUGAUGAAAGAAGACAGAUAUUGAGAAAUCAACAUGUGGAAAGUCCUUUUUGUGAUUGCCUAGAAAAAAAGGCUUAUGCUUCUUGUCAUUGUGGUGAAGAAGAUACAGAGUUUGACUGGCAUUGGGACAAUGACAGUGUUCUUGGAUCCGUGGUCUUGACUGACACGUUGCGAGAUAUCAAGUUCCAUCCUGUUUACAGCUCUGGAACAGCAGCCAUAAAAGGAUGCUACCAAUUCCAGGAUGUGUUUCAUCACUACUGGGAGGUGAAGAUGACAACACCAGUUUAUGGAACAAGCAUGAUGGUUGGAGUGGGGUCUAAAGAUCUGGAUGUUAGUCAACGUCUGGUGAGGUACUGCAGUCUUCUGGGUCAGGAUGAGCACUCCUGGGGACUGUCACAUCUAGGUGAAAUCCACCACAAAGGAAAGGUGAAGAAGUACUGUCAACCCUUUGGUCAAGGGUGCAUUGUGGGGCUGUACUUGGAUCUCUGGAAGGGAACACUUUCUUAUUUUCUCAACAGAAAGCCUCUUGGUGUGGCAUUUCAUGGACUGAAGCAUCAGAAGUUGUACCCUAUGGUGAGCUCCACAGCUGCACGCAGUGGGAUGAGACUUGUAAGUGCUCGAAGUUUCCCCAUGACGUUGCAGCUCCUCUGCCUGGAACAGUUAAGGCAUUGCCUACCCAAGGAACUCUCCAUCUUGGAUGCCUUCCCUUGGCCACCCGGAUUUGCUCGUUUCCUGUGCAAUAAUUUCUGGUGGAUCGUGACUGAUCGAGAACCACUAAGGAACUCUACUAUUCCAGUCCCCCUUGUGUUCCUGGGGGAUGAAGAAGAGUCCAGGAAACGGCGAGGUGAUAAGACCAGUGAUCUUGGAGAUGCUUGUUCUUCCUCUGAUGAAGAAAGACAGAAGCGACUGAAGACUGCCGCAUGACUGGCUCAGUUUGAGUUUGCUUUGAACUAUGUUUUCUUAUGUUUUUGACAUCAGAUAUGGAUGGUCUCAAUAUUGGAUAUUGCUUGUUGGAAACUAAUCUUGGAAAAGAAAUGCAGGUCAUUAAAUCUAUUCCCUCUCAAGACAA